AUGUCCCAGGCGCUCCUGAAUGCAAACAAAGAAUUCUCCCUUAAGUCAGCGGAGAUAUUUGUGCAAUCACCGUUCCGCAGUGCUUACCAGCUGUCCAUCCAGGAAGGCUGCCACAUAGGUCACCUCCACACCUGGCUGGCCAGGGGCAUCAGUCAGGUUCUCGGGAGACAUCUGCCACCAGGGUCGCUCCUGUACUUGUACUUGUGGGCGGACGGCAGUGCCGGGGACGGGGAGACCAGGACUCAGAUAUAUGAUGAAUCCUACUAUGAGUAUGUGCCUGACCGCCUGCAGUGGAGUGCUGCUGGGGAUCUGUGUAACCAGCGCUUUGGAGCUUUAGCGACUGUCUCCACACCAUCGGAGAACCAAGAGCUAACCAGCUUCUUGAAGUCGCUGAACAUCUCUCAGCCGGUGUGGAUUGCUGGGAUUGCUCGGAAAGCUGUGAUACAUGUGACAAUUCCCUCCGGGCGGGUGUUCACGUGGAGAGAAGAAGACAUGCAAAUCGAGUCGUCUGUGAAGCAGCUGUGGACGAACAGCCCUUGUCAAGGUAACUUCACUGCGUCAGCUGAUUCUUUCCUGGAUGGAAAUUCUUCACAGAGUCAAACAUUCCCCUUUGAGUUCUUCGAGCUCUCAAAGUCUGAUGAGCGUUGUGGCAUUUUUGACCCUGUUACAGAACUCACUGGCCGUAUUAAGUGCAACUCACUCAGAGUGGCUGUCUGUCAGUUCAAAAAAGAAGUGGUCGAUGUUUUCGAUCUGCCAAAGACUCCAUUCUUCACCAGGGUGCACGUGGGUCUUAUGUCUGAACCUGGAAAAGGAGAACGGCACGUCAACUCCUCCUGGGAUCAAGGAACUUUGUCCUCGUUGCAAGUGCUGACCGAGGCUGCCCUGCGCACCAUUGAGACUGGUGACCCUCACCUCCUCACUUCUACUGAUGUUCUGUUCUUCUGCCGGAUGAUUGACACGAUCACUAGCGCUCCGUCUGGAGGAGCUAAUGUAGCAGAGGUCAUGCUGUCCAUUGCUACUAACUAUCUGAACUGUGCCAGUUUGAUGCUGGAGCCACACAGGGCUGCUCAAUGGAUGGGGGUGACGGAGGAAGGGGUCAGCAUUGGACCAUUUACUAUUGUGAAGAGCAUUGAUCACCUGACAGAAGCUCUUGCAGACAUACUGUCUACCGAGAGAAGAGGAUUCACCCUUUCUACCAAGAACAUAGAUGUUUACAUUAAGUGGCAGAAACUGUCCCAAGACAGCUGUAACCAAGUCUUCAAGCCAUCUGCAGUCGGCUCUGACACACCCAGCAGCAGCAGCAGUCUUGAUGAGCUGUUUAUCCCGGACACAGAGCUCCAGAAGAUUCAGGCCCAGGGACACGAGGAAGUGAUGUUUAUUCAUACCCACUACAGCCACCUCAGUGAGAUAGUGUCUGCAGCAAAAACGCCUACAUCAGGUUCUCAAGAUACAGCAACAAGAAGUUUCCCAGGUCACCUUGCAUCUGCUGUUAUAUCAGCCACCCUCCGUGAUGCCUCCACGGCCCAAACCAUCCCCGUGGCUGUUCAGUACACCCUGUCUUCAUCAAAUGUGGAGUAUUCACAGAACGUUUCUCCUCUUUGUGCCUUUUGGAAUUUCAGCCUGAUGCACACUCAUGUUGAUAGCUGGUCCAGUGAGGGUUGCACGGUGGUCUUUGCUGGUACUUCUGUCACCUCCUGCCGAUGCAACCACACCACCAACUUUGCUGUUCUGAUGAAUUAUAUGGAAUCAAAGUGGACUCCUGAGGAAGAGCUUUUUUUGACCAAGCUGACAUUCAUCGGUUCUGGCGCAUCUCUUUGUGCACUGAUGGUGACCUUGAUGCUUUUCACUGUGCUGGACAUUCCCAAAUCUGACAGGACGUCCAUCCAUAAGAACCUGUUUAUUGCUCUGAUCUGUGCGCAGGUGAUCCUGCUCUGCAGCGGCUCAGCCAUUCACAACAAGGUGGCCUGUACACUUGUGGCUGCGCUGCUCCACCUCUUCUUCAUGGCGGCAUUCAGCUGGAUGUUGGUGGAGGGCCUGCUGCUCUGGAGCAAGGUGGUUGCAGUCAACCUAACUGAGGACCAGCAUAUGAAGUAUUACUAUCUCAUCGGCUGGGGCCUGCCAGUGCUGAUAGUCACGAUCACGCUGGCCUCAGCCUCGGGCAAAUACUCAGCUGACAACUACUGUUGGCUGAGCGUGCAGAACGGUAUUAUUUGGGGCUUCGCUGGACCUGUCAUCUUCAUCAUUAUGGUGAAUAUCCUAGUUCUGACCAGGGUCGUGGUUAUCACCAUCUCCACAGCCAAGAGAAGGUCCAUCAUGCUGGCUAUGGGCACCAGUCCUGUUGAGCAGGCCUAUGAGCAAAUCAGAGCAGCAGUGAAAGCAGUGCUGGUGUUACUACCCAUUCUCGGACUAACGUGGCUCUGUGGCGUUCUGGUGCCUUUUUCGAUUGUGAUGGCCUACAUCUUCAUCCUUCUGAACUCCUUACAGGGCCUGUUCAUCUUUCUGAUAUAUGGGGUGUACAACACUGAGGUUCGGAGCACGGUCAACAGGAUCAAGGAGAGGAGAAAAGCGCUUAAUUUUUCAAAUUGUGCCAGUUCUCGACCCUCCAGCUCAGUUACCACUUCCCGCCCUGUCAGUUUCCCACUUGGAGCAACCCCGAGUCAGGAGGAGGAGGCCUGUCCAUGCAGCGGCGCCCCGGCCUCCAAGAUGGAUGAAGAGAAGAUAAUAGGUCAGCUGUCCAGUUUUGAUGUUCCAGAGAGAUCUGAAAAUCCCCGGUGCCAAACCCUCAGUCACACUCAAGUGGAGAGAGAGGAGCCUCGUCCUCCAGUGGACACCUUGUCGCCUGGGUGCAGUCUUCACGUACCCAUGGAGCUUGAGUUCACUGCCUCCUGCUUCCCUCGCAGCCCUGAACCUCAGAAAAGUCCCAGCCUCGUCUCUGUCGACUGAGCUGGAUUGCAUGAUAUUUAGUUAAAUAUUAAAAUAUUAAUGUAAUGCCUCAAAUCUAGACUUCCUGGUAUUUUUAUGUAAACGAAAAAAAAAAAAAUUUGUGUGUUUUAUUUUGUUUUUCCUUUAUGUCAUGAACCUGAAAACAGCAGUCUACCAGAUAAACUGCAAUUUUCUUUUCUUUUCUUUUUUCUGCAUUUUGCAACUGUGAUAUCCUCGGUUUGACGUCCCGGAGGUCAUCAUGUAUCCCCUCUGAUUCCUCUGCUCUCCCUACUGAAGUUUUCUGUAAACGGUGGAAUACAGGUCCAGAAGACACGAUAACAUCAGCCUAAAGCAGAACAGUGACAUUGUGCAUAAAUGAUUAUUGUCAUUAUUAUUAUUAUUAUUUUUGUUCUGUAUACUAUAAACUGAUUGUUCUUGAAUUUCAUUUGAAUGUGUCUCUCCUAUUGCUACAGGUUGUGUUAUUGUGAUCAUAUACAAAGGUUGCUUCAGUGUCAUUUUCAAGUUUUCAACACAAAAGAAAAAUGUGAGCAUACAGCAUUAGUGUGCUGAGGAAGCGAGAAUCUGAUGUUAUAAGCAUAAUAAUUAUUUAUUGAAAUAUGAGGAAAAAUUCAAUUAGCUUCAAAGAGAGAGAGAGGGAGAGAGAGCAAGAUAGAGAGAGAUUCCCAAGGACCAGGUGAUGAUAGGAGCAUUCAGCAGGAGGGAUAAAAGUCAUAGACAAACGGGAAGGAAACGGCAUUUUGAUGUUUGGUGUAUCCAUGUGUUGCCAGUGUACAUGAGCUUAUUAUUCACAAAGGGCAUUGUUUAAGUCCUUGACAAAGCAUGUAUCCUGCAUACAAGUCUAUAAAUCUGACAGUGGCUGUGUAACCUAACAUUUUGUUAUGAAGCAAACAGCUAGAUUUCACAACACGUCUUUGUUUUUUUUUAUUCUGACUUCUGUGUCACCUAAAAAGGCUUCUGCCGUAAACGUCUGAAACUGUCGCUUUAAAAGAUCUUUUCAGGUGAUGGAGUCAGCAGUGUGUUUGCAGACAUGCAUUAAAGAGUUGGA